AUGUUUUCGAAACUUUUAAUAUUUAUAUGUGUCACGAUAGUUUCAGCACGCAACGUUUACUACGAGCAGUUGAAUCCUAUAUCUAGUCAAAUACGUAGAGUACCUUCUUACAAUAAUGAAAGAAUAGAAAAUCUAAAUGAACCUGAAACUGCAAGAAAUAUUCAACUAAGGCCUAUCAACUAUGAUCCCAAAACUGUUGUUGAUACUGCACCAGUGUAUGAUAAUCGAAGGGAAAAUGAAUUCCCUGAACGAUUGUUUACAAAUGUUAGAAACGACCAACAAAACAAAAAUAUAAAAUGUAUAGAAAGGUUGAAUCAUGAAGAAAAACCAGAACUUAUAAUCAUACACGAGAAAGUGAAUUAUGAAAAAACACCACCAUUCACAAACAAGAGAAGACCAGAAAUGGAUGACACGAUAAACUCGACGGCGAUGCAAACAAGGAAGAAUAUGAGACCUACAACAUACCCUACGGUAACACACGGAAGCAAAGAAUUACCUCAUACAUUAGAUGGGCGACCUCGGGCAAGGACGAAAGAUAAUCAAUCAAAUCUCUACGAAAACAGUUCACUCGAUAUCAAUACAUUAGAAACGACUACAUUAGGAAUUGAACUUGAAGAUAGAGUAGCAUUUGAAGGUGAUAAAUGUGCGACAGGCUUUGUAAAAGUAUAUGGAAAGUGUGUUAAAGAACAAUGA